AUGCCCGUAGAUCUGUCUGUCUAUUUGGUCACGGAUUCGACCCCUGCCAUUCUGAAGGGUCGAGAUCUAUGUGCCGUAGUAGAAAGUGCUCUUGAAGGAGGUGUGACGGUGGUGCAAUAUCGGGAGAAAUCCAAUGACACUGGUGUCAUGAUAGAGACUGCCCGGAAACUGCAUCAAAUCACAAAGAAAUUCAAUGUACCACUCUUAAUCAAUGACCGAAUCGAUGUGGCGCUUGCCAUCGGGUGUGAAGGCGUGCACAUUGGUCAAGAUGAUAUGAAGUUCCAAGAAGCAAAGAAGCUGCUUCCCGAAGGUUCUAUUAUUGGUGUCACUACGUCUUCCAUUGAAGAAUCGAAACAGGCUAUCGCAGAUGGCGCUGACUAUCUCGGAGUUGGUACUAUGUUUGCCACCCCCACCAAAACUAAUACCAAGUCAGUCAUCGGGACAGCAGGCACAAAAGCCAUUCUGGAUGGCAUUAAAGAUUCUGACGUGGGCACGGUUGCUAUUGGCGGUAUCAAUCACUCCAAUGUGCAGCGAGUAAUCUACCAAUCCGAGUCACCGAAUAAAGCAUUGGAUGGGGUGGCCAUUGUCAGCGCUAUCAUAGCGGCCGAUGAUCCCAAGGCUUCUGCAGCGAAAUUUGUUGAGCUCAUCAAGAAUGCGCCUCGGUUUGCAUUGACUUCCAACCCUCCUAGGACCAAUGAGGCUGAGGCCUUGUUGAAGGAUGUGCCUCAAAUCAUCCGUAAAGUGGUAGAGGUGCAUCCGCUCGUACACAACAUGAUUAAUUUUGUUGUGUCGAACUUUGUGGCCAAUGUUGCCCUUUCUAUUGGCGCAUCUCCCAUCAUGUCCCCAUACGGCGAUGAAGCCACAGACCUGUGCAAAUUUGAUGGUGCCCUUCUGAUCAACAUGGGGACUUUAACCAGCGACAGUGUCUCAAACUACCUCAAAGCGAUUAGUGCAUACAAUGAGCGAGGCAACCCAGUGGUUUAUGACCCAGUCGGUGCGGCUGCGACACAAAUUCGCCGCGACGCUGUGACCCAACUUAUGACUGGUGGCUACUUUGAUUUGAUCAAGGGCAACGAGGGCGAGAUUCGCCAAGUUUGGGGUAGCAAUGCUGUUCAACAGCGUGGCGUGGACAGCGGCCCGAGCACACUUGACGACAAGCAAAAAGCUACAUUGGCGCGGGAUUUGGCUCGGAGGGAACGCAAUGUUGUUCUCUUGACCGGCCCAACAGAUUACCUUAGUGAUGGUGAGCGGGUCAUUGCCGUUGAGAAUGGUCACCCAUAUCUGGCACAAGUUACCGGCACCGGCUGUGCUAUCGGCACAAUCUCCGGGUGCUUCCUGACUGCUCAUCGCGCUGACCGACUCCUCGCCGUCCUGUCCGGCAUUCUCAUGUACGAAAUUGCAGCGGAGAACGCAGCAGCCAAAGAGUAUGUUCGUGGCCCAGGCAGCUUCGUUCCGGCAUUCCUCGAUGAGCUUUACGCCAUCCGCACAGCGGCGGGCAAUGGCGAUGACAGUUGGUUCGUCGGACGGGCCAAGGUGCAUGAGGUCAAGCUGUAA